AUGGAAUAUUUAACAAACUCAGACCUGAACAAUAAUUUCUUUAUCAAUAAUAAUACAACUAAUCAUAAUCAUAACCAUAAUCAUAAUAAUAAUAAUAAUACUAUAUGCCUUUCACCGACAUCAUUAAAUUUCAAUAAUGCUUCUUCAUAUUAUUCACCACAUUUGAUUAAUUUCCCACCGGAACAAAUCAAUACCGAAUUCGAUCAUCAUCAACAUCAACAUCACAAUGAGAAUGUUAAAGCAAAACUGAAUGAUAAAUUGUUAAUCAAUACAAAACUUCCAACUUAUCAUGAAAUUAGUAAUAAUAAUAAUAAUAAUGGUGAUAUUAUUAAUCCCGUUAAUAUACAUGAGGAUAGCUUUAAUAGUUUAAACAUUGUUAAUCCCAGUAUUAAUAAUAAAACUGGGAAGAAAACAAGAAACUCUGUUAAAACUCCUAAACAAUCGAUUAUCCAAAACAAAAUGAAAACUUCAACCAUAAGUAAAAAUCAAUUAAUCAAUAAAGAAAUCAAUAAUAAUGAUAAUAAUAUUGAUUUAAUAAAUACUAUAGAAACAAAAGAUCAUUUAUUAUAUGAUACAACAUUAACAUCAAUGAAACAACCUAAAAAACGUGGACCUAAAAAGAAACCAUUAACAAAAGAACGUGAAACACGUUUAAAAAAUCGUCGUAUAAGAGCUAAUGCACGUGAACGUAGUCGUAUGCAUGGAUUAAAUCAUGCAUUAGAAUUAUUAAGACGACAUGUACCAACAUUUUCAACAACACAACGUUUAAGUAAAAUAGAAACAUUACGUUUAGCUAAAAAUUAUAUUAAAACAUUAUCAGAAUUAUUAUUAAUGAAUAAAACUCCAACACCAUUAGAGAUGGCAUUAAAUUUAACUGAUGGUCUUUCACAGAAUACAACAAAUUUAAUAGCGAAUACAUUACAAAUUAAUCCUAGAAUAUUAAUACAAUUACAACGUCAACAAUCUUCUUCAUUUCUUCAUCAUCAUGAUCAUCAUCAUCAUGAACAACAACAACAACAACAACCAGUCAAUGAGUCAAAUAGUCAUGAUAAAUCAGAACAUAAUCAAACCAAUUCCCUAUCAUUAUCCUUAUCUUCAUCAUCAUCAUCAUCAUCAUCAUCAUCGUCAUCGUCAUCAUCAUCAUUAUCGGACGAGUUAAAGUGUACAGUAGUUACAUCAAAUGAACCAAUGAAUUUAUUAAGUCCUACUUCUAAUACUACUAUUAAUAAUAAUAGUAGUAGUAAUUGUUAUGAAAAAAUAUUGAAUAAUCAAAAUUCUGUUAUACCAAAUUCAUGGAAUAUUAAUUUCAAUCCUGUAUUAAUGAAUUUUCAAAGUAAUAAUAGUAAUAACAGUCAUUCAACUGUCUUCUAUCCAAAUUCUAUUACCGAUUGGAAUCAAUCGAAUUUGUUAAUUCCAUCAGUCAUUCCAUAUAAUAAUCCUGAUAAUGUACAUAAUAAAACUAACAAUCAAUCUAUGCAUAAUACUAAUGCUAAUAUCAAUGAAAAUAUUCAUAAUUAUGAACAGUCAUUCUUACAAAUGAUGAAUAAAUCUCAAUUUUAA